UUGAUUUAUUAUAAUACGAUAUACAUUUUAAUUUAUAGGCAAGAGAUGGACGCUACCUCGGACGCUACAAUAGAUUCAAGCGUUAAAGAAAAGCUACAAAAGAAGUAUAAAUUUAUUGUUUAUACACUAUAUUUCUGUAAAUAUUUUGAUAGUUUUAGGGCCUGUUUAUAUGGAAGCCGGGCUGGCCUGCUAAGCGAAACAGCCGGUAAGCGAGAUGUCGCUGUCUAGUUAUAUUUAUAGUAAAUAUUAUACCGCCGCAAGCUAUUUUUAACAACUGUCAAAACAGCAAAACGUCCUGGCAAGUGGGAUGAAAUUUUCUCAUAUAAACACAAGAGAUUCAUCUCGCUUACCAGGCUGUCUCGCUAAGUGGGCCAGCCGGCUUCCAUAUUAACACAAAAUUGUAUAAAUCACUGAAAUACACUUCUGCUUAAUUCAUACAUUAUAACUUGCUAGACCAUCUAUGGUAUGGAAAGAGGAUAUGGAUUAUACCAUGCUUCAAGAGAUGGCAGCUGAAGGUGUUCUUCACCACAAGAGCAAAUCGAGAAACAGGGGAGUAUCAUGGCAAAAGGUUGUCGAAAGACUCAAUGCUCUGCCAAGCUUCGAUGUGAAUACAAAGUCUGUUCGGGAUCGAUUUAACCUCCUAGCAAAAAAAUAUAAAGUAAAAAUGGGAAAACAAGAGAGAGCAACAGGUGGUGGGGGCAUAGAGGUGACUGAGGCAGAAAAUCUACUAGAAGAGUUGAUUGCGAUGGAAGAAGAUGCAAAUGAGAGGGCUGAUGAAGAAAGUAGAGCGAGGCAGAUUGUUGAAGAUGAAGACAAGGCAAAGGCAAUCGAGAUGCGAAAGAGGGCAAUGGAGAGUAUGGGAGAAACAAGAGAGAGAUUGGGGAAGAAGAAUGAAGAAAAGAGAAGAAGAUCAGGGAAUCAGUCAAUGGUGUUUUUGGAGAAGGCAAUCGAGACAAAACAGAAGAUGCAAGAGGAGGAAAAGAGAGCAAGAGAGGAAGAGCGCCGAGAUCAGCAGGAGAUACAAACUGCAUUUUUGAGGCAGUUGGAAGUUAGUCAGCAACAACAUGCUGCUCAGUCUAACAUGACUGAGCAGCAUUUGUUGCAAAGCAUCGCAAUGCAACAACAACAACAACAGCAACAAAUGCAGCAGUUUUCAGCCAUGCAAAAUAACAUGAUGGCUUUAAUGGAACAACAGCGCCAGCAAUCAGAGAUGAUUCUGGAACUUUUUAAAAAGACAAAUAAUAAUUAACUAUUUAAUAACCAUUGUACA